AUGAAGGGGCUGCUUCUGAAUAUCAUCUUUGUCAGCAGCCAAGGUUUGAGAAGGAUCAUUUCUAUGAUGCUUGGGGCUCAUGCACCACGGCCCAGAGGGUUCACAAGGGAAGGUGCUCAACACGGGUACCCUUUCAUCCAAAACACAUAUGACCUCCUGCGAGAGUUUGGAUACCUACAGAUCCAAGCCACCAAAGCAGACAAUGCAGGAAGGGGGACAACGACAGAUCCCCAGGAAGCGGCUGAGGCCUCCCGGCCCUUCACCCGGAGCUCCGUUCCCGAACGCCGCCGCGGGGGCACCGAAGGACGCGGCCCCAGCGAGCGCUCGGCCCGAGGAGCGGCUGCCGCGCUCAGACACGCGCGGCCGGGGCAGAACGGCCCCCGGGGCUCCCUCCCGGCCGCUCACCCAGCGGCAGAAGCAGCCGAGCCACUCGUAGGGCAGUGGGAGCUGCUGCCGCCGCUACAGGACGUGCUUGAGGAGGUCGCGGGCCAAACGGCAGCCGCUCUCCCGGCACACGGCGCCCGGGAACGGCACCCGCCCCAGAGGACACGCCACCCCCAGCUCGCUUCUCCUUCACCCCGCCGCGGCCAUCCAGGGCCGGGGAGAAGCCGCCUCCUGCUCGGCGCGGAGCGGGCGCCGCCGCGGGGCAUCACGGGAGCGACGGGAAGGCUUCCAGGGCAGCUUCCGGCGCCGCGGCCGCCAUGUCCAGUGCGGGCAGCGGCGCUUUCGGCCGGCUCGGUAGGAGGAGGGGCCGCCGCUUGCUCCGGGCCGGGCCGCCGGCUCCGCUCCCUGGCAGAGGCGCCGCCUGCGCUCUCCUCGCCCCGCGGCGAGCGGGACCCGCCGCGUUCGCGAACAGCGCGGGCGCCGUCUCCCGCGGAGGGAGCCGGGCAGCGUGCACACGGCCGGCAGGCGGCGACCCCGGGCUCGGACCGCAGCUGCCAUGGGCCCCCGCGGGAGGGCGCGCGGUGGCGGGGGCACCCGCUGCGUCAGGGCAUCUCCCGGAGUCCUGGAAUGGUUUGGGUCAGGAGGAACCAUCCAGUUCUAAGCUCCCCACCGUGGGAGGCAGCGUUAGGGACACCUGCUUGGCUCAUGUUGCUCAAAGCCGCAUCCAGCCUGGCCUUGAGCUCCUCCAGGGCUGGGGCAUCCAUGACUUCUCUGAGCAACCCGUGCUAGUGCCUCACCACCCUCCCGGGUUUGGAAUGCUGUAAGGAAAGGUUCAGUUUAGAUCUCACGAGUGGAGUUCUUCCCUGGAGAAGACAAAAUAUCAAUAUUAAAUUAGUGAGCUGUCAGACCAUAGAAGACUUCUAUGACAAUGUUGACCAAGAGGAUAACACUAAUGAAGAUUUGUUCUGAUGUCUGUGUCUUCUAAGCAGUGAAUGCUGGGAGCAGCAGUUAGAGGUGAUAUUGUCUGCGGCUGUCCAGGCAAGAUCUUUAGAACUCCUGACUGGAUGCAUUAAACAUUGGACAUCUGAAACAGCCAAAUUAUGGCAGUGAAGUUACAGUUUAUUCGUGACUGUGCGUGGAAGAAAGUGGUCUACACCAAAGAUGAAUUUGACCAUAUAUGUGUUCCGCUGUUUGAUGGCUCCUGCCGCUUCCUUGAUCCAAAAACGCUACAGUCCCGUCAGCACUGCCAGUGUCUCUUAAACAACCUUAGCAGAGUCUUAAAAUGUUUACAAAGAGAACAACAAGAGCUUACUGACAAAGACUUGAGAAAUCGGCAGGUGCUAGCUAGCAACUUUUCUGUGCAUGCGCAAAUGGUUAUCUGGUUCUGUCAGUCUGGUCUCCUUCCAGAGGGUUCAGACGGGACGAUGCAUUUAUCUACGUCUUUCUACAACUAUCCUUUGCUCCACACCUGCUAUACUGGUCAGCGACAGAGACUGGAGCAUUUGUCAAGCUUUUACAGAACUCACUGUCCCAGCUUUGUUAUCCAGAAACAAUUAAAAUAGCACCAAGACUACAGAUGAGAAUUAUUCCGUCACUUGUAUGCUGAGGAGAGCAUCUCCUGUAUCUGAAAUCACUGGCCCUGCUUUGUCACCCGGCAGCAAUGAAAACAGCACCCUGGAUUAAAACAAGAAUAAUUAAGUCAUUCAUCUGCAGAGGAGAGUGUAAGAAAGCCUCGAGAUACAUACAGAGUGAAGAAUGCGAGACCUAAGAGCGCAGCUGACAAGCAGCCUGCUGCGGUUCCCAGAGGGGACUCUUCAGGCACUCGUGAAACAUGAGGUCACCCAAGGUUCCAUGCUGCGCAGGAAGUUUUCUGGAGGGCUAAGUGACCUAGCACAGCUGUCACGUGCUCCUCACCUCGAGAUAGUGAACUCGGUGACAGGGCAGCGGCUCUCUGCAUACUAUUUCAGAGGAGCGCACGAACAGCCUCCCACUAUCUGAGUGGUGAAGGAGUUUUUGUGGGAGAAAAGAACUGGACUGAUGAUUGCUUUGGAAGAAGGAGAGGGAAGUGUUCUGUGCCUGUAUGACCUUGAAACAUCAAGAGUGGUUAAAGCAGUUGUUCUUCCCGCAAGGAGCUACAGAACCACCAGCCAAGAGACGGCCUCCCUCGAAUGUGGAGUUGUGCAAUACAUUUCUUAUGACACCAACUACAAAAUGGUCAUGACAAUGUCUGACGACAUGGAGUAGAGUUUUAGAAUUAAUAAAAAUGUUGUUUCUCCUA